AUGGCUGGCAAUGUUCAGGAUGUGAUAAUGUGCCUCGGAGACUCAUUGACUCAGAAGGGUUGGUCCGAAGGAGGACUCAUUCAGCGGCUUUCUGAGGCAUAUAUUAGGAAGCUAGACGUUCUCAAUCGCGGCUUUGGCGGGUAUCAGACAGAUUGGGCCAUCCAAGUCCUGGAGCAGAUCUUUGCCAAACAACACGAGCAACACCACGCACCCAAGGUGCAACUGCUGACCAUAUGGUAUGGCGCCAAUGACGCUGCCGUAGAUGGCGAUUCACAGCACGUCCCGGUGAACCGCUUCAAGUCUAACCUGAAGCAGAUGAUCGACAUGAUUCGCUCGCCUGCUUCGUCUUGGUAUUCUCCAGACACUCGAAUCGUUUUGAUAACUCCUCCUCCCGUUAAUACCGAUAUGUGGAACAAUCACACGCGUGACUUUGAUCGCACCAGAGAAUAUGCCGAGGCAGUCAAGGAAGUGGCGCAGGAAACGCAACUCCCGGUGCUUGACACUUGGACUGCACUUUAUGAUGCAGCGGGGAGGACAAUGGGAGGGUGUUCCAACUUCCUGACAGAUGGGUUACAUCUCAACUCUGCUGGGUACGAGAUCAUCUAUGGACUGUUGAUCAACGCGAUCGCUGAGCAUUAUCCUGAAAUCCACUGUGACAAGCUCCAAAAUGUGUUCAUACCCUGGGACCAGGUCCUGUCUGGGGACCCGCGGAUUACGCUGCAGAAGAGGAAUGCAUUGGUCAAUCGGUAGUCAGUAGACCUUCGGAGCCGCGGUGUUGUAAUGAGUUAUGUGGGUUUGGUAGGGUGGUAUUCGAAU